GGGUCUAUUCUCGAAAAGAACGACCAAACGUAUACGUUAUUACUCGUACACGAGCAGUUCGUUACCUUUGCUCGUCUACGUUCAUCAUCUCGUAUUCUUGAACAGCGUACGAGCAAUGAAAACGACCGAUUCGUAUACGAAUAACUCGAACGUACGAAAUAUUAAAAAUGUAGUUGGUAACUCUGUAAAAUGUCUAUCUUAUCACAGUUUUGGCGGGUUUUUAAAAUAUUUUGUACGUUAUCACAGCCGAUCACCGUAUAGUCUUAGCACAGAAUUGUAUUAUGGUUUAUGGUAAUGACCAAUGAUUAUGCCAUUAUGGCAAAAUAAUUUUUAGCUUUGUAAUGAUUAUAAUUAUUUUUUCAUGGUUAAGUACUGAUUAAUGAUUAGAGCUUACGGCUUGUUGUUGUUUUUUGUUUUGCUGUAAUAUUUCCGGCUUUACUGCGCUUGUUAGUCAUAUUUUUAAAAUGGAAAUGAAAAAAAACAGGAAGCCGAAUACUACUGACAGACAGAAAAAAUUACUGGUAGACUUUAUGGUUUUACAUCCUGAACUAGUUUCAGGAAAAAAUACAUCAAAGUCUACAGUAAAACAACGACAGAAGUUAUGGGAAAGUUUAGCAGAGGCGUUAAAUUCAGAAGUUGGCCCAAAUAAAUCUUGGAGUGAGUGGAGAAAGACAUGGUGUGAUUUAAAAACGAAUGUUAAGGGUAAGGCAGGCGCAAAUAGAAAAGAAAGGAAUAAAACUGGUGGUGGAGAAUUAGAUUUGGAGGUAUUUAGUGAGUUUGAGAACAAAAUACUGGAAAUGCUCGGUCCAACAAUUGUUGAAGGACAUACAUCAGUAGAUGAAAGUGCAGCUGAUAUUUCCUUUUUUGUACCACAUUCAUCAACACAAAGCUUAUUAAGCAAUUCAAAUAUGGUCUUGGUGAAUGAAGUUGUGCCUGUUGAAUCAGAUGAUACACCGGAUGAUGGUAAUCUUAUGUGGAAUGAUAGUUGCUUAAAUGGACUUGAAGAUCUUAUAGAAGAUUCGAAUAAAGUUAAUGAAAUUUAUGAUUGUGCUAGUGGCUACCCUUCAAAACAUUUACCAACCGUAUCUCAACCAUCAAUUAGAAAUACAUAUAAAGUUAAGACAAAUUGUAAAUUAACCAAUUUACAAAAUACAGUUGCUGCUACAAAAUCAUUUGCUGCUAUAAGCCAAAAAAAAACAAAAAUUAAGGCCAGUUAUUAUGAGCGUAAAUUAUUAUUGCUGGAAAAAAUUGCUGCAGCCGAAGAAAAAAAAGCUGAAGCUUUAAUUAGUAUAGCUCAAAGUUUGGCAUCCAGACAAAUUUUGUAACUGCUUGGCGCUUAUUUAAAAUAUUAAUUGUUUUCUUCUACUUUAUUGCUUUAUGCUUUGUACGCUUUUCUAUUGAAAUCUUCUUCACUUGGCUUUUCGGUUUUUAUCUAAUGUAAAUUAUUAUUGGGUGAUUGAGUAUGAAAGUAUUGAGUUUAUGUGUUUAUAUGUUUAUAUGUCGUUUAUGUUUUCAGGGUUGGUAUGUUUUGAAUGACUAAAUUGAAUGCUUAAAAAGGACAUCUAAGAUAUUUUAAUGAUGAAUAAAACCAAGUUUGAAUUAACUGUUUCAAACUUUUUUUUUUGUUUUCUUAAUGAUAAAAAAUUCAUGAUUUUGCCAACCCUAUUAACAUUGUUAAUAUAUAUGUUAGUUAUGUUAGUUGAACAUGCAAAAAGAAAAAUUAAUAUAUGUUAA